AUGUCUUGGAAAAAUUGCUAUGCUCUAAUCAUCUAUGACAGCAGAUUUAUGGGAAUGCUCAAUUGCUUUGCGGGCGUGUUUAGUUUGAAUCUUGAGAAAACUGCAUGCGCCAGGCAGCAUCAUCUGGCAUCUGAUUGUGCUUGCUUGAUACUGCCUGUACAGGCAGUUCUCAAGGCAUCAACCAGACAAGCCCUAGCUGAUGCUGGCUGCUGCAGCUGCAGCACUAGCUACAGUCAGCAUUCUGGAUUGCAGGUUGGAAGAGGUGCUGGAGGAUUACACCCGACGAGAAGUCCUUGGUCGUGGAACCUGGAGCAUCCGCCACCGUGUUUUUGGCUGGAACCUCCUCUGCCGCCGUGUCCGCUGCCGUAUUUUCGGACAACCUGGUCGUGGUCGUCCGAAAAAAUCAAUAGGCCUCAUUUUCAAGUUGCCACGGUUGCCCUGAGAGAAACACAG